GAUAGGAUUCUUGGCAGUGUGGAGGAACAGAGGGAUCUUGGUGUGCAGAUUCAUAGAUCCCUUAAAAUGGCCACCCAAGUGGACAGGGUUGUUAAGAAAGCAUAUGGUGUUUUGGCUUUCAUUAACAGGGGGAUUGUGUUUAAGAGUCGUGAGAUCUUGUUGCAGCUCUAUAAAACUUUGGUUAGACCUCACUUGGAAUACUGUGUCCAGUUCUGGUCGCCGUAUUAUAGGAAAGAUGUGGAUGCUUUGGAGAGGGUUCAGAGGAGGCUUACCAGGAUGCUGCCUGGACUGGAGGGCUUAUCUUAUGAAGAGAGGUUGACUGAGCUUGGUCUCUUUUCAUUGGAGAAAAGGAGGAGGAGAGGGGACCUCAUUAAGGUAUACAAGAUAAUGAGAGGCAUAGAUAGAGUUGAUAGCCAGAGACUAUUUCCCAGGGCAGAAAAGGCUAAUACGAGGGGUCAUAGUUUUAAGCUGGUUGGAGGAAAGUAUAGAGGGGAUGUCAGAGGCGGGUUCUUUACACAGAGAGUUGAGAGAGCAUGGAAUGCGUUGCCAGCAGCAGUUGUGGAAGCAAGGUCAUUGGGGACAUUUAAGAGACUGCUGGACAUGCAUAUGGUCACAGAAAUUUGAGGGUGCAUACAUGAGGAUCAAUGGUCGGCACAACAUUGUGGGCUGAAGGGCCUGUUCUGUGCUGUACUGUUCUAUGUUCUAUGCUCUAAACGUUGUUAUCUCAGAUUCUCCAGCAUCGGCAGUUCCAACAAUUAGACCGCAGAGAUAGUAGGAUUAAGGUCAACUAAGAGUAUUCCUUGCCAGUCCUGGUGCCUUGCUCUGUGUUCGAAUGUCCCCAGGUGCUGGCUGUCUGUGGAUCAUCUAUCGUUGUCUGAGGAAGGAUCACUGGACCCGAAAUGUUAAUGUUAAAUCCUCACCAACCCCUUUGAUUAGAGGGUGCAGUCACGCUGUAAAAUGAACUCGAUUACUCGUGAUGUAUUUGGACUCACUCAGAAGCGGAAGUGGGAGAGGUGUUGCCAGAACUGCUGAGAUACUCCAGCGAUCGUUGUCAGUACUGAUCACAGAGGGGUGUGCUUGCAAACUCACUGCUUGUCUCUUUCCCAACGCUGCAUUUCCAGCUGCUGCAGCAAAUGACAGUGCUUUCUGUCAUUUAGAGAGGAAUCUGCUGAGAUUAAUAGGAUCACCCAAGUCAAUGGCAACUGGGAUCCCAAAAAUAACAAACUCCUGCAUUUUAUGUAGCACUUUUCACAAUCAUGGGACAUGCCCAAGUGCCUUGCAGCAAAUGAAGCGCCAUGUGUCAUCACUGACAUGCAGGAAAUGCAUUCGAUCAUCUGUGCACAGCAAGACCCUACAAGCAGCAAUUAGACAAUGAUCUGAUCAUCAUUUUGUGUGAUAUUAAUUAGGGAAGAAAUAUUUCCCUGGACACUGGGGAGACUCUCCGCUCCCCUUCACAGUAGCUCUCCAGGAUCUUUUACGUUGACCUGGGAAGUUGGGCAGUCCUGCCCUCUCAGUACAUGGGAAUCACUGGGGAAACCCAGUCAUUCGCAGGGAGACCCAUCAGGGAGAAGUGGAAUGGAAGGAAAUGGCACAUUCAGGAUCCAGCCAGUCAACGGCUAACAUGGAGUAAGCCUCCGACGAGUAUCCUAGUCAUUAAAAAGAUUCAAGAUGAUCGUCUCCUUCAGCCAUUUAAGGAUCUUUGCAUCUUCCUCAUGGAGGAGAAAGAUAUGAUUGUUUAUGUAGAGAAAAAGGUGCUUGAAGACCCCACCAUUGCAAACGAUGAGAGCUUUGGACCACUAAAGAAAUUGUGUACUUUUACAGAAGGCUAUGACGAUUUAUCUGAUCGGAUAGACUUUAUUAUUUGCCUAGGAGGAGACGGCACCUUACUUUACGCAUCAUCCUUAUUCCAGGAUAGCGUACCACCAGUGAUGGCAUUUCACCUCGGAUCUCUGGGUUUCCUGACACCAUUUAACUUUGAUACCUAUCAGUCACAAGUCGCACAAGUAAUUGAAGGGAAUGUUGCCAUUAUCCUGCGAAGCCGCCUCAAGGUCAAAGUGGUGAAGGAAAACUGGGAAAAGAGAGGCUGCCAGGAGCACACUGUGGAGGAGAACGGACUGAUAGUGACCAAGCACGGGGACAAUGAGUUGGGAAAGCGAGCAACGCAGUACCAGGUCCUGAAUGAGGUUGUGAUUGACAGAGGUCCUUCAUCCUAUCUCUCCAAUGUUGAUUUGUUUCUGAAUGGCCGCCUAAUAACAUCUGUCCAAGGAGAUGGAGUGAUUGUCGCCACACCAACUGGGAGCACAGCGUAUGCUGCAGCGGCAGGAGCCUCAAUGAUUCACCCCAAUGUUCCUGCCAUAAUGAUCACCCCCAUCUGUCCACAUUCCUUAUCGUUCCGACCAAUAGUUGUACCAGCAGGAGUGGACCUCCAGAUUAUGCUGUCACCAGACGCUAGGAACACCGCGUGGAUUUCAUUUGAUGGACGGAAGCGCCAAGAGAUUUGCCAUGGUGACAGCAUCACCAUUACUACCUCCUGCUACCCAGUCCCAUCGAUAUGCUUCAGGGACCCAGUGAAUGAUUGGUUUGAUAGUUUGGCUGAGUGUUUACACUGGAACGUGAGAAAGAAGCAAAGUCACCUAACGGAUGUGGAGGAUUUCUGAGUGUGGUUCGGGAACAGCACGCCUGUAACAUCCGUCUCCAAUGGAGUUCCUUUCCAACUGCAGCAUUGCAAAGAGCAUUCCUACAUAUGAGAAGAAUCUGUUUUGUCUGCGCUGCUUAAACAGACACACAGGAGCAUCACCCUCACCAGCCCUUUGGUAAACAGUGGGGUUUUAACUCUUGUUGCGGAUUGGGUAAAGACAGUCACAUGUCUGAAAAUACCAAAUACAGAGACAGUUCCAGAGGGAGCAUUUCAAUGAUGUUUGCAGCAUGUGAUGCUCUGGCAUCCUAGGAAAUGUCACCCAACUCCUCAUAAAUAUCAUUCGUAUCGAAAGACUUGAGAGCAAUAUUGAAGAAGGAUUUGUGUUGGCUGUUUACUGCUUUCUUCAGUUGUUCUGAAGGAGUGUGGUGUUUGAAAUGCACUAAAAUGUGGAUCUGUUUCUUAAAGCUGUGGACACCGGCACUUAGUCCAACGUCUCCCUCUCUCCCAGACCGACCGCCUGUACCUGGGGACAACCCUGUCAGAUACUUGGUACAAGCUCCAUCUCUCCUUUCCCUGACCCUGUUUUCUGUUUAUUAUUCCAGCUGUGCUUUUCGUACAGUUGAAAGUGAUAUUUUUAUAAAGCAAGGAUAAGCCUGUGAUCUGCUAUCGGCACUGGGCUCCAUGGUGUGGGGGAAGGACUCUUGAUGAGCCAGUACCUGCGAUAGGAUUCAGUUUUACCUGAGAUUCUCAAUUUUGUCAAACCCCAAUGUGAGCACAGUGUGUUCAUCAUCUCUUCGUUGUAUUUUCCACUUGAACAUCAGAAGUGCUGAAAUGCAGGGUAUGUUCUUUGAGGCAAGGCAGGGGCAGUGGGGUGUUAGUCAGCCCAGUUGGCUGGACGGCUGGUCUAUGGUGCAGGGUGAUACCGACAGUGUGGGUUCAGUUCCUGCACUGGCUGAGGUUACUGUGAAUGACUUUCUCCCUCAACCCCUCCCUGAGGCGUGGUGGCCUUCAGGUUAAACCCACCACCAGUCACCCAUCUGUAAUGAGACAGCAACCCUGUGGUCCUCUGGGACUACGCUGACUUCAUUCUUUUGAGAAUUGAAGAGUACCAUGUGAAUAUUUGCUUGAUUAAAACAAAUCUUCUAAAGCUUCAACAAAAGCAGAAAAAUACAAAAGCAAAGUGGAUCACGUAAGGGUUAAAGGAUAAUUUAUUUCCUCUCCUCCAUUUUGCUUUUGUUGCUUUCAGUAUUUAUUGUUGACAAUCUCUUGCUGCUUCCCAAUACCGUGGCUGUUGUCCCAUGAUGUAGCUGCUGUUGACGGCUGAUUACAUUGUAAGCUGGCCUCGUGUCAAUUAUCAGAUUCUCCUGAAGCUAAGUCAGGGAUAGUAAAUCAGUAAAAUUCUUCACCCUCUCCUCUCUGCACCUGGAGGAACGCGAUUUUAAAAUUAUGAUUUAUUAAGUGGAAUGUUCUCUGUGGUAUAAAUCCCUUUGUUCCUUUUUAAAAUGAUACACAUGAGCAAGCAUUUGCAGCACUUCAAGGAGAGGUAAAUGUUGCAGCAUUGAGCACGGUGAUAACACUAACCCAGUCAAGCAUCUGACAGACUGAGCCAUCAACACAUCCUGCUGCUGGAACUGUGUAGCGUGUUGCUCACUCACAGGGUUGAAAAUCCUGCAUGACCUUUGGCUGAUGGGCUCAAUUUGUAUCCGAGUUGGAACUACGUCCCAAGAACUGUCUGCCACAGAAAUUCACUAAAAGUAAAGAUUAGUUCAUUGCAUUUUGCAGUCUGCUCUGUCAUUGUUAACGACUUGAGUCUAUUUCUCAAACCAUUGUUAAAGCUGCUGAAGCUUCCAUUACAGCAGCUGGUCAGCAGUAGUCACCCUUCCUGGGCUGGUUUCCAUUCUGACCCAUGUGAGCUGCAGACAUCCAGGUGCCAUCAUUAAAGUUUCUUCUUCCAGUCAACAUCCAAAUGUAUAAAAUCUGAUGGAAUUAGGAAACAAGUGAGAAUUUUCAAAACUUUGAUUUUAAUAGACCCCCAAUCUGUCUGGAAGAGGUUACACUAAAAGUCUGAAACCAACCUAAAUGUAUCCAGCCUGUGUAGGUAGAAUUUUACAGUGCAGUUCUCAGUAAACACACAGCUAUUUGAUCAUUACUGAUCCCAGGUCAGGAUAAGAUGCUGCUUCAAGACACAUCAAUGUAGAGGAAUUAAAAUUUUCAUUCUGAAUCAGACUGGUUCACCUUUUAGCUGAGAUUUCUGAAAACCCUGUUUGGGGGCUAUCGUUAUCACUGAUGAUUACAUGUCACUGUGAUCUGGAGGAUACAUUGGAAAUCCUUGUUGUUUCGAGCAGGCUAGUUGACACUGGAAGUAUAGUUAUGUUUCAUACACACAUACACUGUAUACUCAGUCGGAUGGUUUAGCUGGUACUGAAAGUUCCAAAGUGAGUUUAUAGUUCUCUCGUACACUCAACCUCUAACAGUUCAGGACAGUAGCCUGCACCUAAUUUAGAAAAGUAAACACAACUUGUCUUGAUAGAUAAAUUUCAUUUUAGUUCAUGUUGCUAAGGCAACAAAGGUCAUAUUAUUUUGCUGUUAAUUAGAACAUGUCCCAGCAUAGGCAAUCUAUAAAUGGGCAUGUAAAUGGAAUUUAUUAACAUAUCAAAUAUUACAUUGGGUCAAUAAAAACCAACAGAACUGCGGAUGCUCUAAAUCAGGAACUAAACCAGAAGUUGCUAGAAAAGCUCAGCAGGCCUGGCAGCAUCUGUGAAGAGAAAAUCAGAGUUAAUGUUUUGGGUUCAGUGUUCCUUCCUCUGAGCUAUUCUGAGGAAGGGUCACUGGACCCAAAAUGAUUACAUUGGGUUCCUCUGUUAUCACAGGAUCUCGCACUGAGUACCGGCACCAAUCUUCUAACAGGAAGGUUUGCAACUGUACAUAAGCUUUCAUGACUUCAGGAUGUCCUAAAUGGGCUUUACAGCCUGUGAAGUACUUGUGGAGUCACUGCUGUAAUUUACAAAUUCCAUACCCUUUUAAUGUGGGCUGAUGAUCAACAUUAUUCUGCCAUGUGCACUUUCCAAUGGCAUUCACUGGAUAACUGCGAGCUGGAAUUUAGAUUGUUACACAUUCUUUUUAUCUUUUGCUUUCAGGUACAGAUUCUAGUUGCACUGCACAAGAUCAGUUCUAUGCGAUUAGCAGUGAGUUGGAUUAACUUGCUCUUGGUUAGCAUGGAAAGUGUAUUUCUGACACAUGGCGAACUUGCACUGAGCUGUACACUAAUUUUACAUGUCUAUUUCUGAAAUGAAUAUCGGAGUCAGUUAUUGUAGAGGAAUAUUUUAUACUUCUGCUUUUUUUAGUAUUUCACAAUUUCGACAACAGUCUAGCACUUUACCUCUGGUAUGAAAGAGUGCACUUCAAGAAAAUACCUGUCAAAUAUUUCACUUUUGAAGGAACCUUUUGUCAAAGGUUUUGGAGUAGAUCUGUAGCUGGGGUUGUGGGUGUUGACAUUGGUUGGCUCGCUGAGCUGGUUUGUUGUUCCGCAAAUGUUUCGUUACCGUGCUGGGCAACAUCCUCGGUGCAGCCUCUGAAGCGUCUGUUUGUUUUCCCACCUGGUUUUUAAACUAUGGGGUCCGUUGCAAUGGAAUACUCGCUCAUCUCAAUCCACAUGGACCAGGAGAACCACGACUUCGACUGGGACAACACCAAGAUCCUGGGACAGGCUAGGCAGAGACAAGCACGAGAAUUCCUGGAAGCAUGGCACUCAAUGAAGCAUGCUAUUAAUAAACACAUUGAACUCGACCCCGUAUACAUUCCACUACAGAGGAAACCCGGAAGUGAGGCAAUCCAUCGCAACGGACCCCAGAGUUUAAAAACCAGAUGGGAGAAAACACCGCUUCAUCAGAGGCUGCACUGAGGAUGCUACCUCGUCUGUGGAACAAUGAACCAGCUCGGCGAGCCAACCAGCCUGAAAGGAACCUUUUUUUAAUUCUACAAAAUCCAGUCACAUUGAGAUUCUAAUCUCACUCACUGAUCAAAGUAAGAGCAUACUGGAUCUGCCUAGUUUUCAAAUGAGAAUUUUUUAAAAUUCUAAAUGUUCAGCUAAAUUACCCAAAUUGUAAUGAAGGAUCAAAUCCAUGUCAUUGCUGCUGGGCCUGCUGUGUUCAUCCAGCCUCACAUUUCAUUAUCAUUGAAAUUUGUGUCUGUUUCAGAUAUUUGUCGCUAGCUUUGUAUCUCCAACAUUUUGUAGCUUUCAAGUUCCAUUUCAUACACACUUCCAUAAUUGAUGAAACCAGUCAUAACUGUUUACUCUACUCUAAGUGGGCCCCUACUCCCUGGACAGUGCAAUGUGAAUUGCACAGAAGGUGUUUUUCCAGUUAUCAUUCAUACAUGGAAUGUGGGCAUCACUGGCUAGACUAACAUUUUAUUGUCCAUCCUUAACUCUGCCUCCUCCCCACAAGCACACGCACACGGUGAUGAACUGCUGUUUGACCUACUGCAGUCCGUCAGGUAUAGGGACACAGUCUUAAUGUGCCAUUAGGCAAGCCGUUCCAGGAUUUUGAUUGAACGACACUAAAGGAAUAACAUUGUCAGGAUGGUGAGUAUCUUGGAGGAGAGCUUGCAGGGGGUGGUGUUCUUAUGUACCUGCUGCCCAUGUCCUCCCACACAGGAGGAAUAACAAGUUUUGAGGGUGCUGUCAGAGGAGCUUUGGUAAGUUGCUGCAGUGCAAUUUUGUAGAUAGAAACAGUGUAGUUUAAAAAGUUGUGCAAUUUAACUCUUUCAACUACUUGCCUAUCAGCAUGUGCGUACAUAAUUAACUUUGAUAGAAAUGAGUUCCAGCCAUAAGUUGAGGCUGAUUUGGAGAUCAGUUUGGAAUUCAACAAACCAUUCUGAAAAAUGGUGCAAAUGCUGGUUUGCAGAGAGCCAUCUUGCCAGGCACUCUUUUUUUUAUUGUUGCAUUUAAAGAUUUCCCUUUUAACAAGGAUUACGAGGAAGAUAAAUGUAUCAAUUUCGAUUCUGAUCUUGCUUUGACUUGUUGGUUGUUGGAGGUUGCAGUUAUUUUUAUUUUGAGAGAAGACCUGAUUCCUCCUAUGGUUUAGGGCAUUGUUAUGAAUUAGCCUAAUCCCUGCAUCACGCAUCAUUCAGAAAGGGUCAUCAAAAAGGAUGUGUUUAGUGCGGAAACUAUACCCUGGUAGGUUUUGCACCAAGAGCUGAACAAUAAUGGAUCAAAGUGGUUUCUGUUUGUGCACCAGCCACCUCUGAACAAUAGACCCUCCCAACUCAAAGUAGAAUCUGUCUCAUUCCUACAAGGGUGAAUGCACUUUUUCUUCCAGUUUUAAACCAUGAAAACAGAGUUAUGUAUGUGUGUGUCUGUGUGUACCUGCCAGUAAUCCAUCCAAUGUACCUUCACUCUUGCACUUUUGUGGUUCUGCUUGUGGGAUUACAUUCAAAUGUGACUUACAGUGCAUCUUGACUCCUUUUUAUAUAUAAAAAAAUCUUCCAAAGGUUUGCUGGUUGAAUCUUCUUUGUAUACUAUUGAGUAAUUUAUUGCAAAGAUCUGUUUGUUACUAAUUGAACUUCUUGGCUGCCUCAAGUGGAAUGUUCAUGUUAAUGUUUCCUGCUUGAACCUCUGAACCUGUAACAUUUCCUGGGGAACUGAGAGGGCGAGCUUUUCCUCUUGUCAUUUCCUGGGGAACUGAGAGGGCGAGCUUUUCCUCUUGUAGAACAAAAACAGAAGUUGCCGGAAAAGCUCAGCCGGUCUGGCAGCAUCUGUGGAGAGAAAUCGGAGUUAAUAUUUCGGGGUUUGGUGACCCUUCCUCUGAGCCCUUUCCUCUUGUAGAUUAUUAUUCCCCUCAGUUGUAAAGCUAAUCAGUAGAACAGAAAAUUAAAUCUCCAAAUAAAUUAUGACUUUUUAAAAAAAUAACGAAUGUGUUUCCUAAAUCUAAAAAACAUUUUGUUAAAAUUUUAACCAAUAUCACUCACUUUUCUUUACAUAAUGUAUGGAAUGCAGUGGACAGCUCACUUGUAAUAAUGAAGUCAGUACAAGCCCCUCUCGAUACAUGCAGAAAUUUAACAGCAGGCCGAGCAGACUUGGAAAUGUGUUUAAAAUUGUGUAAAAGCUGCACACAUUAAACGAACUGCCUCUCAUAAAUAUAUCAUUAACUGUGCAAUUUUAUUACAUCAGAAUUUCUACUUAAAUGUAAAUAUAUCAUUAAAUUUAGAUUGUAAUUUAAAUAUCUUUUACACUUCAGUUGUUCUUAGACUUUGUUUGAUUUUGAGUUUUACAAAUUGUAACAUAUUUAUAGUGAUUCAAGUUCUUUCUAACAACCAGUUUGAAGAACCGCAGUGCUUCUGAAGUUUCAUUUUCCCUGUUUUUAACUGUAUUGUCUGCUUAGUUUUUUAAAAAAUCUGAAACACAAUUGUCAAACUGUGCUGAAAAAGUUCACACCCUGAACUAUGAAUUACCAGCAAACUGAAUGAAUUGUUUGAAUUGUAACUGGGAUCGUAAUGUUUUCUGUUUAUAUGACUUAAUAUUUGUUGAACAUUAGUAAAGUUGUUAUAUGUAGGAGACUAUUUUUCAAAUCUUUUACUAAAUAAAUUAA